AUGAUACUGCGUAGUCCACUAUCACAGUUGGUAAAGAUCUCUACUCAACAAAUACGGACUGGCCAUUCAUCGGUUGUAGCAUUUGGCAAAGCAUGCCGAACGGAGACUAAUUCGAAGAAUCUCUGGAAAAAUUAUUUGGCUGUGUUAGAUGAUUGUAGGCUUGACGAAUUAGACAGAUACACCGUAAGGCGAUUUCUGAGGAGACUGAGUAAGCUCGAUGAUGUGAGCCAACGAGCUGCCAAAACCAAGAAGGUACUGAAAGAUUUGGCAGAGAUUGGAUUUCACGCUCAUCAGGUCGAAAGAAAUUAUUUAAUCGAGGCAUAUUUAAGCGUAAAUAAACUUGCCGAAGCGAGAGAAACAUUUGAUCACAUACACAAUUUAAAACCACCGUUAGCUAGAGACUACUGUCCAUUUUGCCCUGCCUUUAAUAUGAUGAUAGAAGCGUAUGGGAGCAGAGGUGAUUUAGAGGAAGCCAGAAAGCUGUAUCAGUAUAUGUUUGAAAAAGGUGUUAAGCCGGAUGCAAAAACACGAUUGAUAAUAACAGCAAUAUUUAAGAAAAAUUUAUCGCCAACAACGCUCGAGUGGUUUUACGGGCUGAUUGAGUCUAAAUUAAUUGACGAUGGAACCGGGAAGGAAGGAAUAAUUGUAUUAACAGAUGCGGGAAAUUUAGAUGGAGCCUUAGAACUGUUCAACAAACUCAAGUCAUUAGGUUAUCAAAUGGAUGCACAUGUAUAUGCUCGUUUGGUUAGCCUACUCACGCGACAUGGACGUUUGGUUGAAGCAAUAGAUUUGGUUAAAGAGCUUAAGGUGAGCGGUGUUUCGAUUGAUACUGUGGCGUAUAAUGUUAUGCUGAGAGCGCAUAUACGAUCUAACGAACCGGAACAAGCUAUUAAAGUUAUUGAUGAAAUGAUAGAAGCAAAAGUAUAUCCAGUUCUUCGUUCAUUCGAAAUAAUGGUUGAUGCGUUUGCUAAUGAAGGACAAGUUAAGCCAGCAUUAAUAACAUUGAAAAAGAUGCAUGAUUUAGGAGUAAAGCCAGACGCCCACUUGUACACUUGUCUGAUCAAAUUAUUUGCUAAUGUUAAUGAUAUCGACGCAAUGGAAAAGAUGUUUCGCCACAUGGUAGAGAAAGGCUUUGAUGCCAAUCUAAUUACGUAUACUAUACUGAUGACAGCUUAUUGUCGUAAUUACGAUAUAGAGAAAGCCAUUCUGAUCUCUAACGCAAUGCUGAAAGCAGACAUACUACCAGAUGCCAGAUUGUUUAAUGCAUUGAUUAGUAUAUGUGGCGAAAGAGCAGACUCGGAUGGUGCCAUGAUGUUACUUGAUGAUAUGAAAAUGCGGAAUAUUCUUCCUGAUGUUUACACGUAUACAUCUAUCAUGAAAGCAUUUGUUAAAGCCACAGACAUCAACGGAGCAGAAAGAGUUCUACAAUCUAUGAUCACUUCAGGAAUUAAACCGCACGCUGUGACAUAUAACAUAUUACUCGAUUAUUUCGUAGAACAACGAGACGUUAUGCAAGUGCGACGGAUUUAUGAAGAGAUGUUAUAUGCUGACGUCCGUCCGGAUAUCAAUACUUAUGGUUGCUUAAUGCAAAGCUACUGUACAAUGGGAGAUUUCAAAGCAGCCUUUGAACUUCUCAUACACAUGGAAAAUGUAAACGUAAAACCAGAUGUCCAAAUUUAUACGAUACUUAUAAACGCGUACAUGCGUCGGCGUGACUUUGUUGCAGCCGAGCGAACAUACGAAACACUUAUUUCUAAGGACUUCAUACCUUCGUACUUUACAUACGCAGUACUCGUUGACGGCCAUGCCAGGAAAGGGGAUCUUGGCUUCGCAAGGAAACUUCUAGGCGAGCUUAUUGCUCAUUCCGAGUUGGAAUCUCAAGAUUCUGAAAUGGUAAGACACAAGGCGUUUCCACAAUAUUUGUUUACUCCUAUAAUGGAUGCAUAUGCUAAGCAAGCUCAGAGUGAUGCAGCGCGUGAAAUAUUUGAGGAGAUGGUGUUACUCGGUAUCAGACCAAACGAAUAUGCAUAUACGAUAUUAAUGGAUGGAUAUCGUCGUGGUGGAAAUUACGAAGCGGUGUGGCACAUGUGGAAAAUAUUGCUUGGAGAAUUUGGGGAUAAGUCUUUGUUAUCAGAUAAAAAUGUAUUGCCAAUUAGACAUGUCAAAUCGACAACUGAGCGAAAUCAGAUGAAAUUCGAAAAAGUUUUUUCAAAAAUCGCAUCGUUCUCCCCAAAGUUCCGAAAGAUGCCUUUUCAUGCACUAUCCAUACUAUUGGAGACACUUACUGCAGCAGGAAGAUAUGACUUGGUGGAGCAAGAAUGGCAACGAAUGCACAGUCAAGGCUUUAAAUUUGAUGCACAUAAUUAUAAUCACUAUGCCCAGUCUCUUGUUGCAUCUGGAAAUAUUUUGAAAGCAUGCAUUGUUAUAAAGGAUCAUCUUAUCAAAGGAUGGGAUAGUCGUUUGGCACAUUGGCGACGAACAGCAACGGGUACACGCUUUGAAAAGAGACAACGAAAAGCAAAAUUAAUCGAACAGAGCACUUCAUUUUAUCCACAUAGAAAAACACUCAUGAUGCUUAAGAAAGUUUUUGAUCAGUUGCGUAGUGGAGAAUGGGAUAGUUUAAACAUCGGUACAGACCAAAAACCGGGUAACGAACUUUGGACACAUAUUACGGAACAUUACAGUGAUAUUGUGGCAAGCGUUGCAGACAUGAACGAGUUUAUCGAGUGGGAGCGAAGAGAUCAGACGAUGUAUGAACAUACGAGAAGAUCGAUCUAG